UAUGUAAAGCCAUCCCCAAGCCACUUCAUUCUAUCUUUCACAUUGCUUCUAUAGUCUCACAGUACUUGCUUUCUUUGCUAAAAUCCUCAAUCUUGAAUUUUUUUCCCUUUAUCACAGUCAGCAUAAAACUACAGACUUGUUUUGUUUGGACAUUCUUGAUACAAAUAUAAUUCAGGCACUAGAAAUCACGAAAAUUACAUCAAGAAACAGGAUAUGGCCCUAGACCUUCAUUUCCAAGAGCAAAUAUCAGAGGCUGCCUUUGAUGAACGUGGCAGUACUCCCUUAAAGAAGUGGAAGACGUUUGACAAUGAGUGUGAAGAAGACAAUCUCUCUGGAGGUUUUGACUGUAACAUUUGCCUGGACGUUGUGCAUGAUCCCGUGGUUACCUUCUGCGGUCACCUCUAUUGCUGGCCUUGCAUCUACAAGUGGAUUCAAUUCCAGAGCAUCCCUUCAGAAAAUCCCGAUCAUCAACACCCACAAUGCCCCGUUUGCAAGGCUGAAGUUUCACAAAAAACGUUGAUUCCGCUCUACGGCCCUGGCCAAGCUACAAAACCAGCUGAAGACGACGUUCCAAGUAAACGCACGGUCAUACCACAAAGGCCUCCAAUUCCAAGAUGUGGGGUCCACACGCACAAUUCACAUCCAUCCCAGCAGAACCCUCGGUCACAUCAGUCUCAUCCUGCCAGCUACAUGGCCCCACCAAUGCUCAGCCUUGGUGGCACGACAACGAAUGUGUUGCACCCCAUGAUUGGUGAAAUGGUUUAUGCACGGGUUUUUGGAAAUGCGUGUCCAAACGCAUAUAAUCUAGCAGGCAACAGUAGUUUGAGAAUGAGAAGGCAGCUAUUACAUGCUGAUAGAUCACUAGGGAGAGUAUAUUUUUUCCUCCUCUGCUGUGUAGUGGCAUGUCUUCUCUUGUUUUGACCACUUUUCCCGCUAUAUUGCGUGUAAUUUGUAGAUACGAGUAGUUUGUAGAUAAUGAAUAUACAAGCUAGGCUCAA